AUGAAAUUCAACCAUCUAGCAAGUUUCAGCUUCGGUCUGUCGUGCAGCUUGAUGCUGUUGUUGGGGGGGAGUGUGUAUGCGGAUGAGAUGGGGAGUGGAAAUGUGGAUGUGGAUGUGGAUGCGAAUCUGGAAGGAGAGUUUGCGAGGGAGUUUAGGGGGGUGUGGGGGAGGGCGUUGAGUAAUUUGCAGAUUUUCACGGGCUCUAUGGGUGGUGUGUCGGCGGAUCCGAUAACAAAUUCCGGGGAUCAUGCGAGACCGUAUAUGGUUGCGGGAGAUACUUUUCCAGCAUUCGCAGACGCCUAUUCUCGCUCCUGCGCCAACCAAAACAACAAAUGCGCCGACGCAGCUAAUAAUCCUGCAAAAGCCGCUGCGGAUUUAAGUGUGGAGGGUUGUCAAACUCAGGAGUCAUCGUGUUUAGCGGCGGGAGCAACGGCUACGCAGACGAACUUUCAGGUGCUCACGAGUUCGAAUGCGGAGUUUGAUUUUGUGUGUGAUUCUUAG